GCGGUAUCAGGCAGAGGCUGAGCGAGCGGGCGGGCUGGUUGCUAAGAUUUAGUAAAGCGCAACGUUCACGCCUUUCUCCUCAGGCUGGAGCUCUUGGACGAGCCCUCAGAUUCAGCACACUCCUGGGACGGACUCCUCGGCUCACUCAAGCCUCCUGUGGCUGACAGAUGAUGCUGUGCUCCGAUCUCUGUCUCCCACAGUCAGAGCCCUGCCAAGGAUGGACCCCCUGGGCACCAUGGAGCACUGUGAGGACAAGAAGGCUGGGAGCCCAAAUCAAGAGCCUGCUUUGUGGCAAGCCCUUCCUGUUCUGUCAGAGCAGCAGUCCAGGGACGUGGAGCUGGUGCUGGCCUAUGCUGCGCCCAUCCUUGACAAGCGCCAGACCUCACGACUACUCAAAGAAGUAUCAGCCGUUCAUCCGCUGCCCGCCCAGCCUCACCUCAAAAGGGUUCGGCCAAGCCAUGAUGCCAGCCGUCCACACAUGCUGGAGAUACUGCUGUGUUUGGCAGGACCGGUUGCAGGCACACGAUCACUGGCUGAGCUCCUCCCAUGGCCAGCAGUGGACCCCCAUGGCCUGGGGCAGCCCUUCCUGGUGCCUGUGCCUGCCUGGCCGCCUCUGACCAGGGGCCAGUUUGAGGAGGCACGUGCCCACUGGCCCACAUCGUUCCAUGAGGACAAGCAUGUGACCCGAGCUCUAGCUGGGCGACUUUUCUCGGCACAGGAGCAGGCUGAGAUGCAGGGCUACAUGGAGCGGGCUGUGCGGGUGGCACAACAGGCGGCUGCCAGGGGCCUAAGGGCUGUGGGGGCGGUGGUUGUGGACCCAGCCUCAGGACGGGUGCUAGCCACAGGCCAUGACUGCAGCAGUGCAGCCAGUCCCCUGCUGCAUGCCACCAUGGUGUGCAUUGACUUGGUAGCCCAGGGACAGGGUCAAGGCACCUAUGACUUCAGGCCUCAUCCCGCCUGCUCCUUUGCCCCAGCUGCUACCCCUCUGGGUGACCAGACUGUCUCUGUGCGCAAGAUGGAUGAAGACAUGGACAUGGAGGAGGAUGGCCUCCCCUACGUGUGCACUGGCUAUGACCUCUACAUUACCCGUGAGCCCUGUGCCAUGUGUGCUAUGGCUCUGGUGCACUCCCGUGUGCAGCGUGUUUUCUAUGGGGCACCCUCACCUGAUGGUGCCCUGGGAACCCGUUUCCGCAUCCAUGCGCGGCCUGACCUCAACCACCGUUUCCAAGUGUUCCACGGUGUGCUGGAGGCCCAGUGCCGCCAGCUGGACCCCGACACAUAGGUGCUGUGCUUGUUGGCUCCAGACUGUCCUCUACUCUGCCAGCUUCAUCCUCCUCUCAGAUCCAUGUGGGCCCUGGCUCCCUUACUUUCAUCCAAGGGCUGCAAUCCUGUUUGUGGAUUUCAGGGACAUGCCUCCCAGCCCUGGAGCCCGUGCCCACACCAUUCCCACUGGUGUGUGGGGCUGCAUUUCCGCUAGACCAAGGUUCUCCGUAGGCUGGAGCUUACUGAGGGUCUAGUCAGACCUCGUCACUGAGCACUCAGGCCUCCCUCCUUCAUCUGCCUUCACUCUGAGCCCAUGGGUUCACUGGGGUUGUGUCCCCUUUGUCUCAAGUCUGACCAGUGAAAAUAAUAAACACAACCCCCAAACCAGGCUGGUGUUUAUUGAGAAUUG